AUGUCUAUACUCAAAAGGAGAAAUUCGUGUUCGGAAGAGGACGAGUUCGAUUUUGAUGAGGAACCAGAAUUUCCUUUAAAGAGAUUGAAGAUGCUCGAAUCAAUUGUUGAUUCUGACGAGGAAUUAAAACCUAUUUUUAAACUGGGGUUCCUGGAAUCACUUAGUGAUUCUGACGAGGAACCAGAAUAUGUUUUAAAGAAACUGAAUAUCCUCGAAUCACUUGUUGAUUCUGACGAGGAGCCAGGAUCUCCUUCAAAGAACUUGGAAAGAUCAGAAUCACCCAUGGAUAUAGAAGGAUCUCCCGAAUCCACGCCCGAAUCUUCUCCCGAGUCACUUCCACAGAAACCAUUCAAGUCCAUAUUAUCAUCUCCACAGGUUUCAAUGAUGGAAUAUGAAUUUGACGAUGAUCACUCUCUUGAGUCUUUUUCAAACAAACAAGUGAAAUUCGCGUCACCACUUGAACACAUCAGAGAAUUUUAUAAAAAUGAAAUACUCGAAUUCCCCAUAAGAGAAGGCCCUUUUAGUCAGAAUUAUGUACUUUGUCCAACCAUUCCGGAAAGGGUUCCUGCUCCGGUUACUCCUCGAUUGACCAGAAACCGGCCUAUUCUGUUCUUCAAAAACCAAAUCACGAUCCCGACCCCUCCACCUCGACAAGUUACUCUGAUUCCUCCACCUUCACCUCGACCAGCACCUCUACCAGCACCUAGACUACUUGGUGCUAUGCUUCCUUCACCCCUGCAAGCUUUUCCUCCACCUGGUCUGCCAAGUGAUAGAAACGGCUCUAAUAAAGAUGAGGAUAGCAAAGAGUCGAUUGCUGCUCAAAAGAUCAAAAUCAGCAUUCAGUACAAUAAGACCUCCGAAUCUAUCAUUCAUGCAAGCAAAGAUCAGAAUGAAAGUGAGGAUUCUGAUGAUGGCGAGGAUCCUGGUGAUAGCGAGAAUUCUGGCGACAAGGGGGAUUCUGAUGAUAGGGAGGAGUCUGGUAACAGGGAGGAGUCUAGUAAUAGGGAGAAUUCUGGUGAUAGGGAGGAGUCUGGUGAUAGGGAGGAGUCUGGUGAUAGCGAGGAUUCUGGUGAGAUUGAGGAGUUUGAUGAUAGCGAGGAUUCUAGUGAUAGCGAGGAUUCUGGUGACAGUGAAGAACCUGAUGAAGAAAAAGAUACUUCCUUGCGUCCUCUUUUCCGUUUUGAAGGACCCCAAGCUAUUCUUCCACCUCCUCAUGACUCAAGUAAAGCGGUACUUGUGCCCACCAUAGAAACUGACUCAAUGAAUCAGGAAAAUAGCGACGGCAUCGAUGACGAAAAAACCAAUAUGCAUCCCCUUUUCAACCCACAAACCGACUCAUCCGACAAUAAUAAGCCAGUUCUUUCCAAACCAUCAGUACCUAGAUUGGUGCUCACCAUGGGGAAGAAAAGAACUGAAGCCCCAAAAAAUGUUGGAGCUAAUUCUAUUGAGUCUCCUCAUUACGAUUACACUAUGGCAAUGUAUAGAGGAUCUGAAUUGGGUCCCCAAAUCGAAAAUCAUUCAACAUGCCGCUUUUGUGUUUCUCCUUCGGAAAAAUGGCCUCCACUUACAUCCGAAAAUAGCCUCUACCACCCGAUACAGGGAAGAGGAGACCCGAUGCCCUGGCGAAAGAACCGAGAGAUAACAAUCACUCGUAUCGUAGGACCCCUCAUUCGUCCAAUCCUUCACUUCCGAAAAGAUUCCGACGAAAUAAUCACAACGAUCAUUGAAUUUACCGACGCCGCGGGCGAAGAUCGUCUUCUUGCAUUUAUUGAUCGCGCAGAGGAAGAUGCAAUUAAUGCAGGUAUGCCCGAGAAUCUCGAACCGGUAAAACUUAUCGUUACGUGGGAUAAUGGAGCGCAGUUACAUACACUUCCGUUCGGAAAGGGAAACCGUGAUAAUUCAACAAUGCAUUUGAUUAGGACGACUAAAGAUUGGAGAGCAGCGAUUCGCCUGAUGCGAAGACAAGAAUGGUCGAAUCAAAAUUGGACUAUCUGGUGGAGGGAAAAGCAUGAGGAUCCUGAUGAGGAGAUGGAUAGAAAUCCAAAGGAUGCUAGUUCAAGCAAAAAUACCAGCUGA